AUGGAACAACAAUCAUCAAUGAAUGGUGAUGAAGAAUCACAAUCACAACAAGAUAAUAAGACACAGACAACAACAAAUAUAACAGGACCAAUUAAACCUAUUACUUCAUUGUCACCACGUAGUCCACCAGGUGGUGCACCAGAGACAGGCUUCAAUAAUAAUAUAUCUUCAAGUCCAUUGUAUCAUUCACCUCCACCUGGAUAUCCCCACCUGUCAUUUCAAGCACUAGCCUCUCAUCAUCAUCAGCAGCAGCAACAGCAGCACGAGCAACAACCGCCUUCAGUCGACGGCAAGCCCAUCUUGACCCUGCCAACCAUCACACAUAGCUCACCGCCCGGCAGCGGCAAGGACCAGGCGAUCGACGAGCACAAUGGCGGCGUGAUGGCCACCGGCGCCGGGGGACACAGAGCCAGAUACGUGCCCUAUCGCAACGCGGCCAGCUUGCCCUUCCGCGACCGUCUCGAGCUGGUCGAACAGAUCAUAUCCAUGUAUCCACUGUUAGAGAAGGAUCCAAAGGUCUACGCUAUACUAGAUCGCAACGAUUGGAAUGUAGACCGUUCUAUACCCGAGCUACAGAAGCGUCAUGAGCACCAAGAGAAGCUGGUCGAGAAGAACAAGAGCAACAUGCCAUCAUUCCCGAGUGAUGAUACAACUAAUGCAACAAUGAAUGACUCUUUGGAUAGUCUAGAUAGUAUUGGAUCAGGAAGAAGUAUCUCAGAGACAAUGUCUUAUGGAGAGGAGGAGGGUGAUGAUCCUGAGGAGGAGGAGAUGAACGAGCAGAUAGACUAUCAGAUCAGAUUCCCCAAGCUGAAAGAGGACAUUCAGACACUAUACGACAUCUUUGGCACUGCAGCAUACACAGAGUACGAGCUGAAGAGCAUGUACGUGCUUUGCAACGGCAACAUGGAGUUGGUGAUCGAUCAGCUGGUCAGCGAGCAGCAGCGUCUAGACAAGGCAAAGAACCCGACGCCUGCGCAGCCGCCUGCGCCGCGCCAGCCCAUCACCAGCCAGCUGUCCGAGGCCGACAAGAGGUCGCUGCAGCUGCAGCUGAUCGAGGAGCAGGAGAAGCUCGAGAAGAAGUUUGCCGAUCAGAAGCGCGACAAGGAGAACGCGCAUCCCAACAAGAAGAAGUACUCGCAGACGGAGAUCAUCAAGGAGCUGAAGGAGCUGUUUGGCGCAACGGUCGAGGAGGGUGUCAUCGAGUGGGUGGCCUACUCCAGCGAGUACGACCUGGGCAAGUGCGUCACGCAGCUGAUAGACCUCAAGAACAACUCACUGAUGAAGAAGGGCAACACGGUGAGCAUCAAGCCACAGCAGUUGGACCCCGACCUCAACGCCAAGCUGGCCAACGGCUUCAAUGCAUUGCUGGCCGGUCUGCCCAAUGCACAGCAGCAGGCAACGUCCACAACAGGGGACUACAACACGGUGCCCACUGCACUGAUGGCCCAGGGCUCAUUUGAUUCAUUCCUUUCCGAGGUGCAGAGCAAGCUGACUGUGCCUCACAAUCAACAGGGCGACAAUCAAGAAUCAAAUAACAACAACAACAACAAUCACUCGCCACAUAGUAGCAUGUGGGGAGGAUCGAACACAACAACGACAUCCAACAUCAAACUCGAGAAAGGUGAUAAGUAA